AUGCCACCGCAGAGGAAUAACGAUUAUAACGACUAUUCCCUUAGCCAAUCUCAAGGUCAAGAAGAUACCCCUCCUUCGCUUGUAUACAGAAACGAGGACUCACAUAGGUUUCAACAAACUCAUCACACCUACAACUAUUCCGGUAAUAGAGUCGAACCAGAAAGAUCCCCUGCAAAUGAUAUGUACAAUUCUUCUACCGGCUCUUUAUUAUACAACAGCCAGCACCCUAGUUCUACUUUCCGGAAAAACCCUUAUACCAUGGUGGAAAAUCAUCAUUCACAACAUGACAAAUUGAAACCUUAUGGAACUGCUUUUCAUGCACACAAUGCCCUUGAAAAAGGUUAUAACAAUGCUGAUUCACAUCGACAUCAUGAAUACAAAAAGACUAAAAUUUCUAACAAAAAUAUCAACCUUACUCAACAUGGCUUCAAUCAACCCUCGUCUCAUCAUCAACGUCAUCACCAGCAUAAAUCUUACACACAAUCUCCGAAUGUAGAUUUCUCAAAUGAAAUUCAAUCGUCAUAUUCUGACCCUCCAGUUUCUUUUUCAAGUCCUUCUUACAAACCCACUGGCCACAAUUUACAGACUGGUUCCAGGCAAUCCAGUUACCCUCUAGUUAAUUCAGUUUAUGAAAAGGUCCCAGGGAAAAGUGAUAAUAAUGAUUAUUAUGACCGUGAUUUAUUUCCUGCAUCAAGAUUUUCUUCCUUCAAUUCUAAUGAUUCAUACACUGAAUCUUUAAUACCGGCAAAUUAUGAGUCUCCAGCGUUUCAAAAAACAAAACCACUUGUGGGGACCACUAGAAGCAAAAGAAAAGGUGGUAACAAUUCCGAGGAUCUUUUCCCAGGACAUGAAAGAGAUGCGUUGCGUGAAAAACUGAAAACAAUUUCAAGCACCCAAAUUCCACCAGAAGUUUAUCAAUCAGCUCUUAAGAGUACACAUAUAACGUCUCAACGAUCACCAAUUGAAAUUCCAAAAAAAUCUGAUGAAUCAAAUCAAAUAUCGGAAUUACAAAGAACUGGGCAUCUUUCUAUCCAGCAACAACAUCAACCUAAAAACCAGUACCAGGAACAUUCUGAAAUCUCUUUUCUGCCGCCGCGACCUAGUCAGUAUAUUGACCCUCAGUCAUAUCCUUCAAAUCAUAAAAUCCAGGUUCAAAGUUAUUCUCCAAGUUAUCAGAUUGAUCUCUCAAAUACUCAGUCUCAGUCUCAGUCCCAAUCUCAAUCUCAAUCCCAGGGAUUGUAUGCAACAAAUACUCAAAACUUUUCAAACUCUUUCACCAACACUGAUCCAGCAUUAAUCCCCCAAUCAUAUUUGAGCCAGCAAAUUGUUGUAAAUAACAUGGUCAAUCAGCAGAUUCCAACACAACCUUUGUUAUCUUCAUCAGUAUUCCAAGCUCAAUGGAAUCAAACUAUUUUGACUAAUGCUCAACAGUUUUUACCAACAUCUGAAGUAUCAUAUGCCAAUAACAACAACGACAACAUCAAUAACAAUUACCCUCAAAAUACUGGAUUUAAUCCAUCUAACGAGUACGGAUCCACAAAUAUUUCAUAUGUUUCUAAUUUAACCCAUAAUGAUUUACAUAUCGUGUCGCAAAAUAUAAACACCUCUGGCCUUUCUGAAGAAACAAUCUGUGCUAUCGACAACUCUACAGCCUCACAUGCAUCAUUGAAUAUACCCCAGGAUUCUUCAAUAGUUUUCAUUGGCAGCAGUACAGUUUCUAAUCCAGAAUCUAUUACCACCACCUCUGUGCAUUCUACAAAUGAUUCCAGUACUAUUCCCAAGGUUGAAAAACUUCCCAAGGCCGCAAAACUUUCAAAAUCCACAAACUUUUCGAAGAUUUUAAAAGGUAUAAGAGGUGAAGCCAAUGAAACUAAAAAAGAUGACCAAGAAGCUGAAAACUCUGGGAAAAUAGCAUCAGAACAAGCGAAGAAAUCAGAACAAGCCGAAACCCUUAAAGUUGAAAAGGCUGAACCCCCAUCUUCUUCAAAGAAAAUUAUUAAUCCAGCUUCGUCUUUAUCUUCCUCUUCUACUUUAAAUGAAAAGCCUAUAAAAACGUGGAAUAGAACCAAAAGCUUUAAUGAGUCUAUCCUUAAAACAGCAAAGGUAUUGAUGGAAUCAAAUAAAGGUCAGAAGAAAUCACAGCGGCUUCGUUCUUCUCAAACUGAUGGUUUACCUGCUGAAGAAAAAAUGGUUGAAAUAGCAAAACCACGACCAGUAAGAGUCACACGUCGAACCAGCAGAGGUCAAGUUAAUGAUGAUUGCGUGGAAGUUGUGGAGGAACCCUUGCCGGUCAAGAAUAAAAAAUUGAAGGAAUCUAAAGAAGAUAAGGUGGUCGUCUCGUCGGAUUCGUUUUCCGAGUUGAAGGAAACUUUCCCUGUAAUUCCAGGCAACAAGUUUUCUAAAAUUUCAGCAGAGUCUCCAGAAGGUAAUACCAUCAAAACACAUAUUCAAAAAGAAGUCACCAAACCACAAAAAUCACCUGUGCUUGUUGAUUCCAAUGCAAAUAAAGAUUUGUCUUUAAACGAGGUUGAUUUGUCUCACCUCGGCAAUGAAAUGGAACCGUCUCCUAUUUCAAAUAGUCGAGAUUUAUCUAUGGAAGUCGAGCCAUCUGUGAAGGUUGCUUUAGAAAAGCCUAAAAAAAAUUCUGAAAGCAAAAAGGUUGAUGUUGAUGUCAAGGGGUUGUUUGAUUCUAUAAGAGUCAGUGACGUCAAAAGGACCCUAGAAGCCAGAAAAAUUGCUCUUGUUGCUAAAAAGGUUUGCGACGAUAAAAAAUUAGCAGAUGCCAAAAAGCCUCCUAAUUCUCAAAAAUCCAUUGAAGUUAAGGGAGCUGGUGAUGUUAAAAAGACAAUAGCGACUACUAAAAAAGUUGCAUUUUCUAAAAAGGUCCUUGAUCCUUCUAAAAAGGCUACUUCUGAUUCCAAAAAAAAUACGGUAGCCAAAAAGACAAAGUCUAAUUCACCAGCAGUUGAAAAGUUCAAUUCCAUUUCUGAAGUUACUCGUUCUACAAAAGGUUCAUAUCGCAAAACACCACAACAGCGAAGCAAGUCUAAGUCUAAAACUAAAACAAAGGCUCGAAAGAAAGCCCCUGUUAUUCCAAAUAUUGACGUGCCUAUUCGGGAAGAGGCUUUGCUUAAGGAUAUCUAUCCAGAUAUAGAUGUGGAUGAGGACCUUCCAUUAUUUGUGGUCUCCUCUUCGGACCAAAAAUUACCGGAUGACUUUAAAAAAUUUACAGUUUGCAAAUCUCCUAUACCUGAAACUUCCAUUUCAUUAUCUAAGAAAUCAACAGAUUACCAGGUUUCUCCUUUAUUGAGUGAUUAUCCUUUAAAGCUGACUGAAAGCUCAAAAACUUUAGAGCUCGCUGGGUUUACUCAUCUCUCUAAACAUUUUGAAAAUCAAUCUGUUUCCAUGCCAUCUUCUCUUGAAGAUGAUGAUUUUUACACCAGACAUAUCCCUGAAUUGGUCUCUGUGCUAGAUGACUUUUCUUACAAUUUGGGUCAUAACCAUCAAGAAGGCGAGGUGUGUAAUCGCGAUUGUCCUUCUUUUGAUACGUUGUUUUUCCCCUUGACUGAAGAUACGAGCUCUUCAUUUUUCCCUGGAUUUAGUCAUCAACUUAAGGUUGAGUAUGACAUGGAUACUCAAGACCAGGAGUAUUUAAACAUUCUUAACCAGCGUCGAAAUACGCUUCUUUCUCAAUCCCAACCGAUUGACUCCAAAAGUGAGGACUUUCCAAAAGAAAUUUCUAAUGAAGUUUUUGAAGUCACUAUGACGCUUUUGGAAGUAGCAUGGGUUAAUCUGGAGCGCAGAAUACCUCCGAAAUUGGACAAAAGCUUGCAAAGUGUUCCUGCUGAUUUUCAUUCUUAUACUAAUGAUUCUACUAAAAGCGAAAAUCCCAAAGCUAAGUUAAAUACUUCGAAAUCUGGAAAUAAACCUGAGGAAUAUAUCAUUACAGAAACCAAAGACGAUGGUGUUAGCGAUAAACCAAAUGAUGAGUUUCAUGAACUUUUUGAAAAAGACAGUUGUAUUUCCCAUGACGAUGAGAAAUGCGAUGAUGGCCAAGUUUGUGCAGUCUGUUGUGGAGAGGAGUCAACAGAAACUAAUGAAAUUGUUUUUUGUGAUGGUUGCGAUAUUGGUGUACACCAGGAGUGUUAUGGCGUUCAGUUUAUUCCUGAAGGCCAAUGGCGAUGUGACCGAUGUUUACUUAAACAAAAACACUUGAGGAAAAAAUAUUACAACUACAUUCGCCACCUGGCUUUGGAAAAAAGCGGGUCUAAUAGCAACCAUGAAACUGGUGUUUAUGUGAAACAGGAAGAAACCUCUCCAGGUUUUGAGACUGGUGAAUCUAGUCGGAGUAAACCUGAAAAAAAACAGUUUACUUUUCCUGACUUUGAAGUAAAGUGCAUUUUUUGCCCCGACUUUACGGGUGCUUUCAAACCCACUGAGGAUGGCCAGUGGGCACAUCUCGCUUGUGCAUUAUGGCUUCCUGGUGUAUCUGUGGAAAAUACCUCCAUGAAACCCAUUAUUGGAAUUGAUAGGAUUCCAUAUUCCAACCUGCAUUAUAAAUGCACCAUCUGCAAAAUGAAUGGUCAUUCCGAUUUUUCUAACCCUCCUAGUCAUGAGGCUUGCAUCAAAUGCUCAUCACCAAACUGCACAGCAACUUUCCACGUCACAUGUGCUCAAAAAGCCAAGUUAUUUAUGAGAUUAAACCAAACAGUUUAUUUUCCUGAUCAUCUAGAAAAUUAUGAAAAUGAAGAUUCACUUUCAAGUUCUCCCAAAACUUUUACAUUUACUCCAGUAUGCUAUUGCAAGCACCAUACUCCCAAAAAUUACAAGCUUUCCAAGUCACUAUCCCAUUCAACUAAAACAGUAAGCGGCAACAAUGAAGUUGGAAUUGAUGUAUUGCAAGAUUCAUACAAUGACAAUGACGAUGCUCAACAAUAUGAGUUUACUGAAGAAAAUGAGAAUUAUUUCCGCCAGCAACAUUUUUUGGAGCACCGAUGGACAACAUUUAAUAAAAAUCCAUUGAUUCCUGCUUGCAUAGUUUCCCAAGUUGUUACAGGCCUUAAACAUUUUGAUAUUUUGGGUUGCAGGGAUUUUGUCGAAACUAUGGCCAGAUACUGGGCUCUUAAACGCGAGAGCCGUUGCGGUGCUGCUCUUCUUCAUCGACUUGUUUCUAGCAAACUGAAGACAACUAUUGAUUAUUCUCAUGGAAAUUUUACUGGACAAAUGAAUUCCUCUGCAUCCAAGUUUUCUUCUGAAUGUGAACCCAACCAGGAACUAUGUGACCUGUCUUCGCAUUCUCUUUUUUCCCCAUACUUGUCAAACUCAGAAGCUGUUUCCAAAAUUUCUCAAACUUGUAUGCUUUUGGAACGGUAUAAGAAGCUUUCUCUUAUUUUACACCGGUGGUCUCAUAUUGUAGGAAACAAUGUGAUUCGUGAACGUGUUGGUGUAGAAUUUGCAGAGGCUGGGUUCCAAAUGGUCAUGAGUCUAGCUAAAGAAGUAUUUAAUGCUGCCAUUUUGCCUGUUUGGGCCAUUCUUUGCGAUUCGGACAAACGACACAAUUACAUGGACCUAGCAUUACAUGAAAAUGUUGAAGAAGAAGGAGAAAACGAGUUUGAUAAUUAUGAUCAUUAUGAAGCCUUGGGUGGAUUUAGAUUUGUGAAGGAGAGAAUUGAUCUUUUGAAGUAUUCAUCUGUUAAAGAGUUUCAAACAGAUGUUGAUUCUGCAAUCCAAAGACUUGAGCAUUACUUUGAAACGCAGCUUCAAGAGCUUCAGGAAAAGGGGAAACGGGUUAAGGCUCGAGACCCUGAGCUUGUUGAAAAUGCAGAUGAUGAGAUUGAUGAGUCUGUUUUCCAAAAGCUAGAGAAGCAAGUCAUUAGAGAGAUUUUAAUUGUGGCAAAGCCUUUGCGGUUCAUGAAAAAGUUACAUAGCUUAUUGGAACCAGCAUACACACAGGCUUAUAAAGAAGAGAGAAAAAUUUUGCGGCAAAGGAACACUUUGAAAGAUCAUAUUCUUGGAACCCUUGUUUUGCGUGAAGUUGAAAAGCCAGUUUCAGGGAAAAAGAGAGUGACUGUAAAGGAGCAAACCCCAAUUGUCGAGAAAAACAAACAAUCAAAGUCUGGGGUAUUGAAAAUCACGGGUAAUCGCACUAAGCGACGGAAACUUAUCCGUGAUGAGGGGAAAGAAAAAGAUAAAAAGAACAGAAAAAUUAAAAAGUAA